AUGAAAAAUAGAAUCACUCGCUUCAAUUCCCGUGCCGAGACAUGUGGCAUAUGCUUAAAUGCAGUCGAGUUUCAAGGAAAAUUAGAUUGUUGCAAACACUCUUUUUGUUUUGAAUGCAUUGAAAGAUGGUCUCAGGUAUUUACUAAUUAGACAGAAAAUACAUGUCCACUAUGUAAGCUGAGAUUUACUUCAAUUACAAGAAUUUCACGCAGAGUGAAUUAUUGCGUAAAGAAAAAACCAAAAAUUCUAUAUGUAAAACAUAAAAGUCAGAGGGAGAUUGAUGACCAAUUUAGACUUGUUUUCAGACGUACAGAGAACGAGCUAGAUAUGAAUCUAGGCAGACUCGUUUUUCAAGAAUUUCAAAGAGGAAGAGGCAAUGAAGCUGUUUUAAGAGCGUUGAUCUCAUAUUUCUACCUUAAUUUAGAAAAUUAA